CCUGAACUGGGUAGGCGGUUUAGCAGUACUCCAGGACUGCAAGCCUUGAACACUGUGCUGGGAGACUGCGAAAUUGGCAGAUGCAUCAAUCCAGCGGGGCAAGAAUGCAGAGGCGGCAGAAAGGCCAGAAGAGGGGAUCAUCCAGAGGACUCUGCAUCAUGAACACUCUGUCUGAAGCAAACGGCACCUUUGCCAUCCACCUUUUAAAGAUCCUUUGUCAAAACAACCCUUCGAAAAAUGUAUGUUACUCUCCUGUGAGCAUCUCCUCUGCUCUAGCUAUGGUCCUCUUGGGGGCGAAGGGAGACACUGCAGUCCAGAUAUCUCAGGCACUUUGUUUAAACACAGAGGAAGACAUUCAUCAAGGCUUCCGGGGGCUCCUCAGUAAUCUGAACAAGCCCAACAGAAAGUACUUGCUUAGAAUGGCCAACAGGCUCUUUGCAGAGAUCACUUAUGAAUUCCUCCCAACCUUUAAGGAGUCCUGUCUUCAGUUCUACAACUCGGAGCUGGAGCAGCUGUCCUUUGCCAAAGCUCCAGAAAAGUCCAGGAAGCACAUAAACAAGUGGGUCUCCAAACAGACUGAAGGGAAAAUUCCAGAGUUGCUGUCAGAUGACUCAGAUGAUCUAGAGACCAGGCUGGUUCUUGUCAAUACCUUAUAUUUCAAAGGAAGAUGGCAUGAAGAGUUUGACAAAGAAGACACCCGUGAAAUGCCAUUUAAGAUAAAUCUAAAGGAGGAAAGACCAGUGCAGAUGAUGCGUCAGGAAGACAGAUUUAACCUCGCCCACGUGAAUGAAGUACAGGCACAGGUGCUGGAGAUGCCCUAUGAGGGCAUGGAGCUGAGCUUGUUGGUCCUGCUCCCGGAUGAUGGUGUGGACCUCAGCCAGGUGGAAAACAAGUUCACUUUUGAGAUGUUAACGACCUGGACCAAACCUGACUUUAUGAAGAGCACUAUGGUUGAGGUUUUCCUUCCAAAAUUUAAACUACAAGAGGAUUAUGACAUGAAGUCUGUGUUUCAGCACUUGGGAAUGGUGGAUGUCUUCCAAGGCGAUAAGGCAGACUUAUCAGGAAUGUCUCCAAAGAGAGACCUGUGUGUGUCCAAGUUUGUUCACAAGAGUAUUGUGGAGGUCAAUGAAGAAGGCACCGAGGCUACAGCAGCUUCAGCCGGAAAAGAUGUACUUUACUGCGACUAUGAUGAUGAUGAUGUUCCAACGUUCUGUGCAGACCACCCCUUCCUUUUCUUCAUCAGGCACAACAAAACCAACAGCCUCCUGUUCUGCGGCAGGUUCUCCUCUCCAUAAAAGCACAGUUACCAUUUGGGAAACAGUUUACAACUCUGUGAGGAUGAGCGUGUAGGGGUACGAAAGCACUAUCCUCCUGGCAGCCUCAUCUGAUGAUGCCCACAUUCCUCUCUGCCUAUCUUGACAUUGAUCUGUUCCCUUUGCCAGGUUACGGGACCACAGAGUGAUUUGGUUUUCUGUUGUCUUUAGGAGCCAAACAAAUCCAACAAGGUAGCCUAUUGGGUUAUCUAAGGUGAC